GCACACGAAUGCGUGAUGUGAGGUGGCACGAUCGCGGGCGGUGAAGAUGUGACAGCUCGUGGGCCGCGUGCGGCGGGCGCCGGUAGUGUAGCCCCGCGCGCGACGCCGAGCGCCGCGACGUUGCCGAUCUCGCGCGCAAACAAACACCAAUUAGAUAUCUCGCGCGAUUAAACGAUACAACUUUAUCAACGCGAUAGCUCACUAGUGUGAUAACAGAUAAAGUACGAAGUGGUCGACGCCUGCACUGUGUAUUAUGUAAAAGUUUGACAAGUGAAUCUUCAAUCAUGACUGCCAUGGCGGGUCCACGGAAGUCCUUCUCGAUCCACGACUAUCCAGAGCACCUGAACCCUUUCCACGAGGAGGACAACCACAACAAGAUCAGAUUCUGGACUAUUGGGAGGAAGCUGAAUCGUUCCAACAGCAUCACUUUCUCUGGGAUUAAGGAUAUCAAGAACUCAUGGGCAUUCCGAUCUUUCAUGAAAAAGGGGAAAAAAGGGCAACAGAACGAGAAAACUUCACAAGCAAACGGAGAGAGCAGUCCUAUAGUUUACCGACGUGCAUUACAAUACUCGUCAGCAGCUUCGCCAGGCGCCCGCAGCACGGUGGCGUCGCCGGAGCGCUACGUGUACGGGGGCUCCAUCACGCCGCUCCCGCGCUCGCGCUUUCAGGAGCGACUGCGCAGCUCCAGCCAGUAUGAAGUCAACUCCCUGAGUGCGACUCCCCGCAUGGCGCGGAGCGAGGUGACGGGCUCAAGACUGAGCGUGGGCAGCAACAAUCCUUUCGACGAAGACGAACCAGUGCCGCCGGUGCGCGCGCGCCGAAAGAAGAAGCGCGCACCGGCGCCGCCCGCGCCUGCUUCCGCCGACGUCUCUGCUUCCACGCUUGAUGUAAGCAAAGACAGCUCUGAACUCCAUAUCAGUGAUGUUAACGAUACAAAGUUGACAAACGCUGACGGGGAACUGGAAUCGGAAGACUUAAACUUCAACGUUGAACUUAAAAUUGUUGAGGACGAAGAUGAAAAAGAACGUCGUAUAAAAGAAGACACUGCGGCAUCAAAAGUUGAAGAAAUCCCCGAUGAUAAAAACAAAGAAAAUGACGAAGACCAUGUUAUACACAACGCUGAUUCAGAAGAUGAUAUUCUCGCGAAAACUAAUUUUGAUAAAGUUGACAUUGUUAAGUAUAGACGAAAUUCCAGCGUAAACGAUGAUGACAUACGAUUGCGUCGCGGUAACCUAGAAGAUUUUCACGCGCUGUCCAGCAAGAGAAGCAAAAGUCUUACGAAUGCCCUUGACUCUAGCUACAUGACUUACGACAUAAACUUAAACGAAGAGAAGAUAACGACUGAUGCCAACAGCAAUCAAGAGCCUCAAAAGGUGGUUUGUAAACUGUAUGACGAUUUGCCUCGAAAACAAAGCAUCGACACUAUAUCAAGCACUGAAAAGGAGUUUAUAGAAAUUGAUAAGGCGACGCGGGAGCUCGAACGAGAGAUAAGCAAGUUAAACUCGGCGCUGAAUGAAGAUGACGAUAUCUUGCAGACAGGAGCAAAACAUUCAGUUUCUGAUAUAAAACGAAGGUUCGACAAAACUGACGUUUCGUCGCCAAACCCUAUUCCUAAGCCAAGGAGGAGUCAUUAUGGAGAACCUGGUUCUCCCUUGAACGGGAAUAUUCCUUCAUAAUAUAAAACAUUCAUUAGGCUUUGUCUCGCGCGAAGAAUGAUUGAGCAUGAAAGUGUUUAAAGGUUGGAUCUCAAAGUUGAUAGUCGUGCCUAAGAAAAAACAGUGCCUUCAAAAGAGUAAACAAUAAUAAAGAUAACAUACGUAAUAGCAAUUCAUAUUAUUUUUGAAAGUUCAGUGGCAUUUUACAACGGAUAAUAUAUAUUCUGCCAUAAAUUAAUUAUGCAGUAGAUUAAGACCUGAUUGUGAUAACUGUACAUUACGUAUAAUUAUAAUUUUGCUUGUGUAUAAUUAUUUUAUAUUCCAAAGAUGCGUUGAAAUAUUGAAUUCAUUUAACCUGUAAUUUAACCCAGUAUGCAACCUUUUAAUAAUAAAGUACAUACAUAUAAUACAUAAGUUUUAUGUCAAAAGUAGAGAUAACAGAGUAGAUUUUUUAUAUCCCUUGUACAUUAUUUUAUGUGUUUAGUACUCCAAACUGUGAAAUUACUGUAAGAUGCACAUAGUCUCUAUCAAAAGUUAAUAUGAUAGCUUAUGAUAGUCCGCACAUGAAUG